CAGAUUCCUGAUAGAUGGUUAAAAUGGCGAAAGCUUGUUCAACCCCAGCGAGCCACCAAACUAGCACUGUAGUUCGGAACAUGUAGUAACUGGAUAUCUGUAUAUGUGUGUGUGUUGUUGUUGUUUUUUACCCCAGUCUAUUCACCUCACGUCGCUUUCUGAGAGUGCAGGAAUAUUUUGUGCAUAAGUGUUUAAAUGGCAUCCACAAGGCGCCGCCGCCUUGUUCCGUGCUUUUUGGGAAUACUCCUGAAUGCUUUAAUCGGUGUGAUGAGCGAAGCGGAGCUGUCCUUCACACUGGAGCCCAGUGACAUCAUUGCUGUACAGGAGCAGCCCCUCAUGCUCCACUGCCAGGUGGACGGAAUUCCCCCAAUUACGACACAGUGGAGACACAACGGCAUGCUUUUAACUCAGGAUCAGCAUCACACCACCUUCAUCAAUGGCUCCCUCCUCAUUGGUCACUUCCAGAAGACCAAAUCUGAUGGCUCAUCUGACGAGGGCGACUACGAGUGCAUGGCCCAGAAUUAUUUUGGGCUGGUGGUGAGCCGCAAGGCCCGUAUUCAGGCAGCAACCAUGGCAGACUUCCAUGUCCAACCCGAGUCGGUGCAUGCUGAGGAGUCUGGUGUGGCUAGAUUCCAGUGCCAGAUCCAUGGUCUGCCAGAGCCUGUCAUCAGCUGGGAAAAAGACAGCCGCGCUGUGGACACCAAGGACGAUAGGUACACUCUUCUGCCUACAGGUGUUCUGCAGAUUACAGGAGUGCGUGAGGAGGACAGUGGAAAGUUCUGCUGUGUGGCCCACAACAGCGCAGGAGUGAAACACAGCACUGAGGCACUCCUCACUGUUUCAGGCUCCCAGUCAUCUGUUUACAAAGAGCCUAUGAUCCUGGUCGGUCCAGAAAACCUCACCCUCACUAUUCACCAGACCGCCAUCUUGGAGUGUGUUGCUACCGGAUACCCUCGGCCCAUCGUGUCUUGGAGCAGACUAGACGGCCGCCCCAUCGGUGUGGAGGGAAUCCAGGUACUCGGCACGGGGAACCUGAUGAUCUCAGAUGUUCGUGUGCAGCAUUCAGGGGUCUAUGUGUGCGCUGCUAACAAACCAGGGACCCGUGUUCGUAGGACUGCUCAGGGACGUCUGGUGGUCCAAGCUCCAGCAGAGUUUGUUCAACCGCCGCAGUCUAUCGCUCGGCCCGUCGGCACCACCGCCGUCUUCACCUGCCAAGCACAAGGCGAGCCUGAGCCCCAGCUCACCUGGCUGAAGAAUGGGCAGAUUCUGGAGCCCAGGGGACACGUCAAACUCAAGAAAAACAACAGCACGCUGACCAUAUAUGGUAUAAGCCAGGAUGAUGAGGCUAUCUACCAGUGUAUCGCUGAGAACAGCGCCGGCUCCACACAGGCCAGUGCCCGCCUCACGGUGCUCUGGGCUGAUGGACUGCCUGGUGUGCCCACCCAUGUACAGGCCGAGGCCCUCUCACCCACCACCAUCCUGGUGUCCUGGAGGGAGCCCGAUCAGAACACUCAGGACAUAAUCGGUUAUGUGCUCCACAUCCGCAAGACCUCAGACUCACCGGAGAAGGAAUAUCAGGAGGCCGUCAGCAAGGUGACGCUGCAGCAGAUCAUCAGGGACCUGGAGCCCUCCACCAGUUACACCUUCUACGUCAAGGCCUACACAUCCCACGGGGCCAGCAAACCAUCGGACAGUACCACCGAGAGCACUCGUGGGGAGGUUCCAGCGCCUCCUUCCCUCUACACCAAGGUGGUGAACAGCAGUGUUAUACAAGCAACGUGGGAGCCUUCCUCUAAGAUGGGCCAACAUCAAGGCUUCAGACUAUAUUACAGAAGAGCCCACACACCACUCUUCACUGGUCCCAUUAUUUUCCCUCGCAACUACACCCAGUACAUCAUCACUCAGCUGGAUCCUGCACUGGUUUAUGAGAUAAAGCUGCUUGCAUACAACCAACACGGAGAUGGCAAUUCCACCGUGCGAAUUGUUUCACUUCGGGAGGCAGUGGAGAAAUCUGUGUUGGACGGUCCAUGCGACUGUGUGAAAGAUGACCAGAGCAAAACAUCCUCUACAGGCAUCAUAAUCGGCAUUCACAUCGGAGUCACCUGCAUCAUCUUCUGUGUGCUCUUCCUUGUCUUCAGCUACCGCGGCAGGUUAAUGAUGUGCAAGACAGUUCAGGCCACCCCCCAGGCACGGCAUAGCGCAGUGCUGGAAUCCUCUUCCUCUUCCCAGGGGGCCUCUGGGCUUAACGGGGCUGCCAGGAGAGAGAUGGAAGUCAAUGGCAGCGCAGCAGGGAAGAAAGUGGUUGACAGCAACGAGCUCGAGAGACUAUUCACCCAACCCAAUGCAUCAACACCCAACACAUGCAUGUCCAACUCCUACGUGCUGAACGACACCCAGCUGUCUACAAUACCGCUGGAUGAGUUUGCGGUGGAGCUAGAAACACAGUUCCAGGAGCCUCCUGCAGCAGGACCGAGUCGGCAGGACCAAGGCUAAUCAUGUAUGAAGGCCAAUUCACACGACACUGUCCACAGUGUCCACUUAGACUCUUCUCUCACUCAGGUUGACAAGUGUUUCCUUUCGAAGUAGUUUGUUUUUUUGUGCAAAUAUAUUUUUUUUUAUUGGUAACUUAAAGGUAACUAAAGUUCUAGAUGAUCUAGGACUGUGUAUCUGAGUGAUUUUUGCCUGGGGUUUGGGAGAGGUCUCUUCUGAUGGACGGCUGUUUCUAGCUAGGAAGGCCAGUUACAUGUUUGUUUGUACAAUUUGGUCUCUCUUGUUAACUUUCUGGUGUUGGGCAGCACACAGAAUAGAAGCCCCAGAAUGUCCUUGUUAUACAAUGAUGAUUUUAUUUUUAAGUUUAUAAAUAUAUCUAUACGUAUAUAUCUUUAUGACCUAUAUGUCAUAAGUGGUUAUAAGUUAUUGGUCUUAUCUCUACUUUUCUGUGGAUGUCAAAGACUCCUGCUGCCUGCUCUCACCUACCAAUGAUUCCACCUUCUCGCUCACAGAAGACCUCAGCCUUCGUCCAGGGAUUCGAUAUAUUCUGUCUCAGGACUUUGUUUCAGUGAUAUCAACAUUUUUUAUGAGUUCUCUGCCUUCAUACAGGCGCUAGACUUGGUCAUGUGAACCUUACGAUUCAACAAAAACCUACCUCAGCCGGAAUGAAUGUGUUGCAGGGAAGCUUUUAGGGACUUUGCCUUUCCCUGUGCUCACAAUUACUUUACAUGCGGAGAAACUGAUUGGUUUGAAAAUUACAAAAUCAGGUGCCGCGCUACCUCAGAUGUCAAGAGUCGUCUCUCUUCUCCUGCUUGUCGAAGAAAAAUGAAAAAAGCGAGAAUCCAACAUAAAGCACUUCCAAAAGCUGAAGUUAAUGUUCUACCUCAAGAUAACAAUGUUAAUGUUGUCGCUGUUGUUGUUGUUGUUGUUGUUGUUUGUUUGUUUACUACAUAAUGAAAAACCCUUGUUUCCCCCCUCUGUGGAGUCCUGGCUUCCCUCUGUUGAUGAAUAUGGUGUGUGUAGAUGCAAUGUCAGUACCUCAUGCAAGUUGACAGACUGAUAACACUGUUGUUGAUGAAUUACAGUAUGUUAGGAACCAACUUUGGUUACCUAUGUAUGAAUUAUGCUGUUCCAUUAUAAGCUUCUUUUUCCUAAUUCAUUCAAAAGAUCAUAAAACAUUUUUUUUUUAAAGUAGCUGUUUCAGUUGAAUGAAAAGACUGUUAGAGAUACACUGCAUUGCUGAUUGCUGAGGACAAUUUACUGCUGAAGAAAAUGUGAUACAUAAUGUUCAAUUGGACUAGAGGCAAAAUACUAUAAUCUACAGGCAUCAUAUCUGUCUAAAAUUAGCAUUAUGGUUGAAAGCUGUGAGUGUGAGUGUGUGCAGAUACGUUCAAUUGAUUUACUGAAUAUUCACAUACGAAUAUGAUGUAUAUAAGACAGGAAGAAAAUUAAGCACAAAUCUCUGUAAUGACUUAAAACAAUAGUGUUACAUUGUUGGAAAUACGCUUAUUGGCUGUCUUGCUGACAGUUAGAUGAUAUAUAGCCGAGCUUAGCAUGUCCAGUACAUCACAUCAUUUCCCUUAAAAUCACAGAUUGUCGUAUUUACAUUACUGUAUGAGUACAGAUUCAACAAACUACAUGUACUGUGUUAAUAAAUGAGCUUGAGAGGUUCUGAUAGGCAGAUUCUUUUUACUUUGGAUAGAGCCAGGCUAGCUGCUUCUCCCUCUUUAUGCUAAGCUAAGCUAAUUUUAUCCCAUCUCUAGCUUCAUACUUAAAGGACUCAUUUGACAUGUUGAGAAAUACGCUUUAUUGGGGGAAAGUUAGAUAAGACCAUCAAUACCACCCGCAUACGAAGCUUCAGCCAGCAGAUGGUUAGCUCAACUUAGCAGAAAGACUGGAAACAGGGAGCACCUCAACAGUAAUAUAAUAAUAACGUGCCUGACUGUUUUCUGAGUGGGAGCAGUAACUUCCUAGAGUCUCCUACUCAGACAUAUUUAACGGACAGGUUUUAGAGAGGUAUCAAUCUUUUCGGCAGAAAGCAAAUAAGCACAUUUCCCAAAAUGUUCCUUUUCCUUUGAUUAAAAUUGGCAGCAGUGUAUUUCUAAUGUCAUUCUGGAUAUCUGUUGCUGUAGUGUUCUUUGUGAUUUUAUUGUCAUGUCACAUUAUCUGCCUCCUUUUUAAACAAAACAGUAGCCUUUUAGACUUCUGGUGCCCAGGAGACAGGACAGUGGCUGACCAUGCUUGAUUCUCUUCCCAAAACCACAGUUGCUGCUCAGCCUUCUCCCUCCUGUCAAAACUGACUAGUUAAAGUGCUUCAGGAACAGUUUUAACUAACGACCACAGACAGAGAAAUGGGUAAGGGAGAUAGAUGGUCGGCUUUAUCCAGCUUUAUCCGGCUCUCUGCGCUGUGUCGUCAAAUACUGUACAGGAUUCUAAUGCAUUAUGGUUACCUACCUCAACCCUGUUUUUGGCCUUUCUCUCAGGUCUUAAUUAAGUAAACAUUGGAGUAGAGGAUUACACACAUUUAUAAAUGUAUAUAUAUUGCAGUUGUUGACACAUGCUGGAGAGAAAAAAGUAGACAGAAAAGGACACAUACAGUACACAAACACACAAAUGGAGGGUGAACUUUUUAGGACCUUUAUCUCGUGCACUAAUUAUUAAAAAAGUUCAAGUUCAUGCUUAGUUCCUAGUGGAUGUGAAUGUAUCAUCAGAAUUUUUUUUGUGAUAUCACAAGCUUUUAACUGAAUUUUCUCUGACUGUUGUUUAAUGUUAUAUCCUCCAUGGAAAAUGUAUCUGUGAAUUAGUGAAAUAAACUGUCAAAAGUAUAGUGGAUGGCACUUACAACUCUAAGACACACACAUGCAAAUCCACACAAUUGGUUUACUGAUUUACUUUUUUGGCUUCUAAACUUGAGCGUGACUCAUUACCUUAACUUUACUGCAUUCAUGUGAUGUACUGUUCAGGUUGUUUUUCUGAGCAGCCGAGUGAAACAGUUCAUGUCAGCCUACUAGUUGUAAUUCCAAGUGUCACUGACAUUGCAGCAUUGUAGAGUUGACCUUGUUCUGUUUGUUCUGCUGCCUCACUUGAGUAACGUUGAGUAAUGUCACAGUAAGACAGCAAACACCUUUACCUAUAUCAGUAGUUCUUUACCUGGGGGUGGGGGUCCUUCCUUACAUUAACUCUCAGACAGUUUGGUGUAAUUUGUUCAGCAUGCAAAGCGCAUGUCCAGCAUGCCCGCUAGCUUUCCCAAAUUUACGUUAGCAAAGAACAGUUGUCUAGUUUACUGACAGGCAACAGGGCAUGCAGUGGGUCAGAUGGAAAGGUCAUUUUGAUUGCAAUUGAGCUAAAGCAAGUUUAUUGGAGCUAUUUAAAAAUGGCUGAGGCUAGCGUCUUGGGCUAACGUUAAUGCAUGAACACUCUCAAGACAAUAACAGGAGGUUUUUUCAGUUUUUACCAUUUUGCUUAUGCAAAUUGCAAACAAUAUUUUGGCUCUAUAUACAGUAUAUCAUAUCUUCUGAUCAUCUAUUACAUUCCACACGAGAGUUGUACCUGUCCCCACAGCAGAGAAUCACCUUCCAUCUUUGUGUGUUCUGAAAACAUGCAUUAUACACAGUUUCCAUGUUGCUGAUCAUCUUAUGUACUGUAAUGUUAUGCCUUUUAAAAAUGUAUUUGUUCAUGCUUAUUUGUUUGCAGAUUUUCUCCUUGCUUCCAUUUCUUGUAUUUAAUUGUACACUUUGGUGUUACUAUCAUGUUACAAGUGUUUAAAAAACAAUAAUGCUACUUGUCAAAAUAAGUGCUGCUUGUAUAUUUAACUACCAAUGUGAUAUUUUCUCUCCAGGGCUGCUGCAGCCUUAAUCAGUGUUUUUACUUCUGUUGUCAUGAGUAACAAGUGGGGAAACAAGUGGUGUGUUUUUUUUCCUUCCUUCCUUCCUUCUUUCCUUCCUUCCUUCCUCUGUCCCUCGGUGUAAUUUAGGGUUAAUCUCUUCCUGCAGGAAAUUGCCCACACCUCACCCGUGGAUAUGACAGGUUUUAGUGCCAUACUGUUUAACUUGAUUCACGGGGGAAUGUGGUGCAGUGACGAUCGCGUUUACGUGAUUAGACUUUGAUAGGUCAGGUUGUCGUAUUGCCGUAUAAUGUUAGAACUUAUGUGAUUUAAUGGAGCCCUCAAAGCUGGUCUUCAUGAUUGAGUAGUGCAGUAACUCCAUCAGCUGAAGGGAGCAGAUGAUUCCUGUGCUGACAGUUAGUGAGAAAAGGGGCCUUUGUCUUGUGUAUUUUGCAGAAGUGCUAUAUCACCAAACUCUUCUCCUGUCAUUUAGCCAGUCUCUUUUUUUCAUCUUUCAAGAAUCCUGACCAUUGGACAGGGAGAGUGUUUCUCAGGGACUCUCUGAUCUGCUUGUUAUAUGUCUAUCAGCAGGGCACGCUUGGCCUUCUGGACAUGAUUUUCCUCUUGAAAUUCUGCUUUAUGCCCAGUUAAGAUUUUCUCUAAAGGAUGCCUUCUUUGUUGGCCUUUUAAGUAAAUAAACAUUAACACGAGGUUACAACUUCUGUGGAAAAACAACAUGUGACAAAUUCAUUAAUACUAAUAGUACGACCUGCUCUGUAUUAAAAAUGCAAUGAGAUAACUUCUGUUGUGAAUUGGCAUUGAAUAAAAUUGAAAAUUGAAAGCAGGGAAUUUACAUUCACAAGGAGAAUUUAGAUUUUUGUUGUUCUCAGUGAAGUAUUACUCUUAAGAUUAUUGAAUAUGGUUAAUGUUCAUUAUGGAGCUAAAACAAUUAAGUGAAUGAAUCAAUAAUAGAUAUAAAUAGAUCAAAAACUAUUUUGAUAAUUGAUAAAUAAUUUAUCAAACAAAACUGCCAAAAAAGAACUAGUUCAAGCUUCUAAACUGCGAGAAUUUGCUGCUUUCUUUAUCACGGGUGUUAGUAAGGUGAAUAGUUUGGGGGGGGUUAGACCGUGGUUCAGACAAAACACAAGUUUUAAAUAAGGUAGGUUGAGCUGCAGGAAAUUGUGACAAAAGUUCUGAUUUUUCACUACAUUUAGUAGACUAAGAAAAUAAUAUUAAUCGGUAAUUAAAAUAUUCAUUAGUUGCAGCUGUACUUCAUUCAUACUUACACUCAGGUUCUCAUAAAGAAGACAUCCUGAACUGGGCAUGUGCAGAUUUUGUUUUACAUUGAUAUUAUGGUGUCAGUAUGGUUCUAACUUACAGACCAUAUAUCUGUCUGUGCAGUUUUUUUUUAUUAUGCAUUAACUGAACACAGGUAACCAGAUCAAGUCAGGACAAGAAAAGCUUAAACUGGCUAGACUUUUCUACUGUAUAAUGUCUAUUAUGGAUGUGAGUACAUGCUAUAACUCAAUGGCUGAUCAUUGUGAUGAGGAUGUUAACCUGAAAUCCAACACCUAAUGCAACUCGCCUCUUCUUGAAAUAUCCUUUACUUUACUUGGCAUUGAUUAUUGUGGCACCAAAUGACCAUGCGAUAUGAUUGUGAAUUGAUUACAUUUCCAAUGGAUUUAUCUCUAUGGUUUUCUGCUCUGAGACCCCGAUGACUGUACAUGUCAAAUAAUGCUGAGUUUGGUCAAAUGGUGAUUUUAUGUAAUUGUACUUUAAUGUUUGAAAUCAGUAUUAUAUUUUAUAUACCUCUGUCAAGAAAGCAGAUUGAAUCCAAUGUGUUUAAAGAUAGUAGGCAGAGAAAAAGCCCAGAGUAGAUCUGCAUGAGAAACAAAGUGUAAGUAAUCAUUAUUGGACUUGUGAUGGUAACACUGUGAUAUUUAGCUGAUUAAUGGCAGAAUAAUGUUGUGAUCUCAGUAUGGUGCUAUCGAUGGUCCUGUCUCACAUUGUCAGUCAAUCUGUUUUGAUGGUUUGUAUUGAUGAAAAUAGGUUGAGUGACCUUUUCCGUUGAAAAAGAUCUACUGUACAUCUGUCUUGCCCUUGCUGAUGCCUGAUGAUCACCUCCUGAGGUUCUGUUACCUUUAAAGUGACAUGUUCUCUUUAUUUUCCUUCACAAACCAUCUUUGCUUGAGGAGAAUGUCUGUUCUGAUGUUGUCAGCGCGAUCUAAAGCCGUUUAGUCAUCCUUCAUUUGGCCACCUUUAUCUGAGCAGUGGACUUUACUCUGCAGGUGACUGACCCUCAACACUUGUCCUGUGACGUAAGUGUCAAACCUGAAAGUCAAUCAGCUUCUCAGUAAAACAUCAUUGUUUAA